CGCCCCGGGCGGCAGCGGGCGCGGCUCCUCCGAGCGAGCUGGUGCGAUCCUUCCCAGACACCGCGGCACACCUGAGCUCUGCAGCCCCGCCGGGGCCGCCGGGUGCUGUGGCGGAGAGCCAGGAAUGAUCGGAAAAGGGCUGUGGGGCGGGGAGAGGAUGAGAUCUCACGUAACGCAGUAUGCAAAAUACAAAUUUUUGGGCACAGCCUUCCUGACUUGUCGAACGCGGAACCCGGGAUCUCUGCUCUCUGGAGCAGUAGAAAACCAGCUGAAGAUCUGUGGCUUUAAGAGCAAUGGGGAUGUUAUAGGAUUGUAUCUGGCUAGACAAGGACUAAGAAGUAUCCCAAGUCUCUCACAGUUUAAUAGGUUAAAGUAUUUGUGGCUUAACAACAAUAAGAUACAAGAUUUAACUUUCUUGAUCAAAAACUAUUGCCUGACUGAACUCUACCUCAACAAUAAUGAACUGACAGAUAUAUCAGGUGCUCUGAAACACUUAUGUUCGUUACAGAUUCUGUUUCUUCACAACAAUGAGUUAAAGAAACUUGGCAAAACAGUGAAGGAAAUGAAAGGAAUGAUAAGCUUGCACACUCUAAACCUAUUCCAAAACCCUCUGGCAUGUGAUCCAGACUACCGGCUUUAUGUGAUUUACAUCCUUCCUUCAGUUCAGCUCCUUGACAGGAAGUUAGUUACACAAAGAGAAAGGGAAUCAGCAUUUCAUCUUUAUAACCCUGAAAGAUCUCUGCUCGUGCAAUCCAUAGCUUUUGGGAAGAGAGUAAAUACACCCCUGGGGGCUCCACUGGGAUCCAGAAGAUGCAUUCAACCAGCCAGAAGACUGAUAAUGCCCUCAGGUUGUGAAUUUGCAGAUAACACAAAUAAAGUACCAUUUGAGAACCCUGAAGAUGCAGUUUUAGUACGGGCAAUGACAAGAUCUCUAACAGAAUUUUCCUUCGUGGACUGGAACAAGGUAGCCACCUGUCAAGAAAGACAUCUUCAAAAUAAAGCAGAAGAACCCCUUGAGAAGCUGACAGUCCAAUUUAGAUGAGUCCUUUCUUCCUUAAGGAAAAAGCAAUUCCUCUCUCUAGUGUGAAGUCCCAUGAGUAACAAGUACAUGACAACAUGCAUCUAAUUAAAUGAAUUUCCAGAAAAAAACUGUGUAAUGUAGUGAAGAAUUAAGAUAACAAAUGAUAAAUGUCAAUGCUACGAUGAAAGUUGCUUGAAAUGCAA